AUGCGACUGAGCCCCCGAGCGGCCAUCGUACGCCCAUGACGCCCGCCUGGCAACCGUGCCGGGCUCGACAGGACAGGCUUGACGGGCGCCGUCAUCGUCGAAGCACCCGUCGGCCCGUGCUGUGCGGGCCAGUCGGCCGGCAUUGGUGGUGUGGGCUGCUGUUGUUGCUCGGCCGUUUGGCAGCAAGCUGGAGAGCUCCACCACGGUCGAUCACUCUUGCGUCUAUCUCGCAUCCUCUUCUGCACCUCAACCGCGUUACCCACAAUCACGACCACCGCAACCAACCCCACGUCCCGACGCCCGCCGCACCUCGCGCCCUGCCUUGCGCCCCAGGCCCCUCGCCGUCGCCGUCGCCGUCGCCGCCACGGUCGCCGUCACUAACCAUCUCCGUCGCUGUCACUAACCAUCUGUCGCCAGCGCCCGCCAGUGCUCGCCCCGCCGGUGCCAUCGCCGCCUCGCACACGGCCGCAGCUGCAGGCUCCCCUUGCGCGCCAUCCGCCUGCAGACGACUGAGGCUUCUGCAGCGCCCGGCUAGCUGCCUCCGCGACCCCGUCCGCUGCUAGCAGUUACACAGUCUCCAGCGCCAGCUCACACACCGAGCCCAAGCCGCCUGCAGCUGGCCGAAUAAACAUGUCGGACACUCCCCCGAAAAAGCUCGACGUGGAACC